AGAGAGAGAGAGAGAGAGAGAGAGAGAGAGAGAGAGCAAGAGAGCGAGAAAGAGAAAACGACAAUCCUUCGUCGCUGCAUGCCAGGUGAAUACUCGCUCGAGGAAGCAGGUGCGAGGUCGCGAUCUGGAGGACUCGUCGCUGCGACCGGUGCCCCAGGCCUCUCGUUGUAGCUCGGUGCGAAAUCCGGGCCUUUAUCAACUCGACUCCGCCGGCGGCCUUGGCCGAUCCACCAACGACCACGACAUCCUCGACGUCGGCAUCCUCAACGAGCGGUGACACACGCGUAUAUAUGUAACGCCGUGGUGUGUCAAUGUGUCAGUGCGUGCGCGGUGAAACACACACCACCUGUGGCACAUCCGUCGUAUUUACAUUGCGGUCUGUCAUACGUGUUGAGGAGAGAAGCGACGGCAGAUCCAGCUGGUAUCGCGAAUUCUCCCGGAAUACCGAUUGAACCGAUCGGUCGGGAUUUGAAACCGACAUAAUUUCGUCGCGUGCUCGUUUACGAGCCACCCGCGGUAAGGCGAUAUAAAAAAUUCACUUGAUGAACGGCUCCAUUUGAAUGUACGGUCACUCGAGAAAACGCACUGCAUCGCAGAUGUGAGUGCUUCAAAAAUACACGAUCGAUUCGGCAAUUUAUCUUAUGAAGCAAUUGGCAUGGUAAGCGUGACGAUUUAUCUGGUUCUAUUAAGGAAAGAAAGAAAAGUCAUCUGCUGCAACACGGACUUAACUUGCCUUUGUUGAGAAACAGAUUUAACUCAUACGUAUUUCUCCUGCGCGUCUUCAUCACCGAAAGUUCUCACCAGUCGAAAUUCCGCUGCUUUCAACCCCCGUCGAACACUGACCGGACUAGGGCACUAGAGAGCUGCCAUCGUUAAUGAUAUUUGGAUCGGAUGCCCGUUUCAUUCCGCUCUACCGACAUGGACGAACACGAGAAGAAUUUGAUGACGGGGACGUUGGAGCAGAGGAAGGAGGCCUUUAAGGAGGACGAGGAGCUCAUGAGGGAGACUACGAAAUUCGUCACCGAUGUGAUAGAGACCGCCGCUACGGAAGCCUCCAAGAGGAAAGUUCAAUCGGAGGGAGCUGAUGCGGGUGAAGGCAGUAGAUUGAAGGGUGGCGAUACCAUCGCUGGCUGGAACAACCGAGCGCGCGGAUUCUGCAAUCGUAUUCUGAACGCCCUCUGCCCUUGCUUCAGCAACCAUGAACUGUUCGCCUGGACUCCGUACCGGUAUCGCUUCACAAGACCUUAACCGUUCGAUGACUUCCGGACUUUCCGUUCCGUCGUGCGAGCUUGCGAUUGACGCAAAACCAAACGUAGAAUUAAGUUUCUCAUUGUCAAUUCGAUCUCGCGUCUCUCACAGGCCGUCACGGAGUCGUCACUGACGUCUUCUGCUUGAGAAAAUGUCGACGCGAUUUUCUAAUUUCGAUGUAGGCUGACAGCCGGUACGAUGUCGUGAAAAUAAGCCGAAUAUGGCGAAGGACAACUGCAUCCGCGUUCGAUGGAAAGCACAAGUAAUUAAUUGUAAUUAAUUGGAUGUUGCUCUCGUGCGCGUCUUAUUUCGCAGCACGAUGCGAUGCGAUGCGCGCGUCGCGCGCAGUUCGAACACCGCAACAAUGGAUUUCUUUGGCUUUACUCCGAUAAAGUACAAACGACCGUAAAUGUUACAUGUCAACUGUUAGAUGAGGGAGCGGGGAUACGCCUUCCAAUUCUAUGAGUUUCCCGAAUGAACACUCCUAGACAGCAUUGCCGCGACGUGACUUACAGUUCCUCGCGUGUAUUCGCAAUUUUCAAAUUUGCCGUCGAUCGAGCAAAUAUACGAGGGGACAUUUUCGUACGCAAUCAAGAGAGACGCACGGUAUAUUUUGGCCAUUUCAUCGUUUUCUCUGUACUGGUUGGCAGAGUGGACGAUGUAUGUAUAAGUUAGUUUUAUAUCGUGUAAAGAUUGAGGGAUUGUGUUCCAAGGGAUUAGAAAGCAUACAACAAACAAAGUAUAUAGCUAAGGAAAAUGUACAAUGUACAAUGUACAAUGACGUUAUGUACACGAUCGAGGCUUGUAG